GCCCAGGGAAGCUCCUGCCCCAGUGCCUGGUUCUCUGGUGCUGGUGGCCUGUGACUCUGAGCUCCCCCAGCCCCAGCAGACACAGGAGGGAGCCUGCUGUGCAGACCAGGCAGGCCCUGUCCAGCCCUGCUAAGGGUGGUCCAAGCUGAGGCUGAGCCUCAGAGCCAGCAAGGAGGGGACAGGUCCCACCAGGACCCAUCCUGAGAGCCUGGCAAAGGCCAGAGCCCUACAGUGAGAGGCAGGAGAUCCAUAGACCCCCCGAGGCAGAGGCUGGUGGCAGCACAGCCCAAGGGCUGACCCCUCCCCAGGUCCCUGGGGUGUCUGGCAUCUCCAAUGUGGCUUCCAAAGUGUGCAGACCCCCAGGGUCCAGGACAGGACAUGGUCAUCCUCUGUGGGUCUGGUUCGCUGAGUGGGCAGGGAUGUGGCCAUGAGGCAUGGCCUCCCCUCCCCUCCCAGGAGGAGCUCUGGCCUUCUUGUGUGAUCAGCCUCCUGGAGUCUCCCUCUGUCCUAGGGGAGUGACACUGCACACCCACCCCUGUGGGCCCUGCUGAGGCCCUGAUGGGCGGGUCCUCCAAUGCCUCUGUCCCCAGGUGCCGUUCCCCCUGGCUCUGAGAAUAUGGGAUAUAUACAUCCUGGAGGGCGAGCACGUGCUCCCGGCCAUGGCAUACACGGCCCUCAAGAUCCAUAACAAGCGCCUGCUGAAGAUGCCCCGGGACCACCUCCGGGAGUUCCUGCAGGUGACCCUGAAGCAGGCCUGGUCUCUGAGCGAGGACGCGGUCAUCAGGCAGCUGCGGGCCUCCAUGUGUGAGCUGGGGAAGCUCCAGUGCCUCCUGCCUCCUGAAGCCAAGGCCAUCGAACAGUGCAGCAGGCCCCUGGGGCAGGCACGCGUCCCCCAGAUGCACGUUCCUGCCCCCACUGCUCCGAAGGCCAAAAUCACCAUUCAGGACACAGUGGCAGUGUGGGAGCAGACCAGGGGUCCCGCUACUCGUGCAGUGAUGAUCCGUCCUCCAGGAAGCUUUGGCCUCCGCAUCGCCGAGAGGGAAGGCAUGGAGGAGGAGGAGAGCUGGGAAGGCAGCCCAGAGCCCCUCGGCCUGGGCUCCCCUGUGGGGACCGCAGAGUCUCCAGGUUCUGCCAGCCCCACGGAGUCUCCAAAGUGCUCGAGGUGGGGAGGCCUGUGCCAGUGCGCCAGUCUCCCUAACCUGAGCGGGCCAGAGCACAGGGAGGACGACUCCUCCGACGCUGGCAGCCGGGAGGGCCUGUGGAUGUGGGCUCCUCCACGGGCCUCAGAGCCCCCGGAACCAGGGCCCAUGCAGGCUGUCCCCGCCUGGGGGCCACGGCUGAAGACUCCCCACUACUGGCAUGGCAGCCCCACGCACUCUGGGGAGAGUCACGGGCUGGAGCCGGCCAGAGCCAGCCCUGGGCUGGGAGACCAGGCCCGCGUGCCCUCCCUGGCCAGAGGCCUCCUUACCUCUUAUUCUGUGGGGCACCUGGAUGAUGGGUGCCUCCUAGAAGAGAGGCCGAGUCCAGCAUCUGUCCUGCCCAGGCUGGGCAGCAGCCUUCCGUGUGUCUUCACGGCAUCCUAUGCACUUGGUUGAGCCCCCACCGCCCAGGCUCUUCCUGGGGCCAGGACACCCUGACACUGGAAGACAACAGCCGUGCCAGGAGCCACUGUACUCUCCUCCCUGCCCCCUCCCCCACCACCACCCUCAGGUGGUGCUGAGCCUGUAUUAAAUUGUUCCAUGGAAAGGAGUUUGCUCCAGUUUGUGACCCCGGCGCCCAGCGGCAGCAAGCUUCCCCGUGUUCCUGGGGAGAUGGGUGGUUCCACAGCCCCCAGCCCCAGGCAGAGACCCACUCAGGACCCUGCAGACAAUGCCUGAGAUUCAGCUGUGCCCUGUGGGGACUGGGCCAGGGUGGGAGAGCAGCAGCCGUGAGUGCCCGUGACCUCUGGGACAGAUCGGCACA